CAUUUGUAAAAAUUCCAUAGUCCAAAAUGAAAUUUCUAGUUGCUAUAGGCUUGUUGGCUGGUUUGUCAGCUGUCGUCGCGAAUAUAGAGGACUUUGGUGCUGCUGAAGGCACUGUCACUCCCAAUGAAGAAAUUGACGAAGAAGAUAUUGGUAUGGGUGGUCGAAUCAUCAACGGCCGCCUAGCUGUGCGUGGCCAAUUCCCAUGGCAAGCAGUAAUUAGAUACAAAACUGCAGGAUUCUGGGGCACCACAAUGAUUUGUGGGGCAUCUUUAAUCAGUCCUACACACCUUUUAACAGCUGCCCAUUGCCUCUAUGAAAAUACUGUAAUUCAGAUAAUCCUAGGUUCUACAACGCCCUACGAUACCAGUGACCAAGAUAGACUUACGCCACAAGUCAAAAGAGUUUUCUACAACAAAGGCUACAAUCCUGCUGACUUGAGCAACGACAUUGGCAUCAUCGAACUUAAAGAGCCUGUCACUUAUACCGAUGUUAUCAAGCCCGUUAAAUUGCAGAAAAGUGAUGAAUUCCUUGACGAGAACGUUCCUGUUACCAUUAGCGGCUGGGGCCAAGUUUCUGAUUUUCCUAAAAUUACCGUCAGUUAUCUAAAUUUUGUUGAGUUACGUACUAUAAAAAAUGCUGACUGUAAAAAAACUUUUGGAGCUGUUGUCAAAGAUUACACUUUGUGUACAGUAGGCGAACAAGGCAGAAAUAUAUGCGCGGGCGAUAGUGGUGGUCCUCUGGUUACAUAUGACAGCGCUGGUGAAGCUACUCAAGUAGGCAUCGUCAGUUUUGUUGCUGCUAGAGGGUGUACCCUAGGACUGCCUUCUGGGUACAUUCGUGUAUCGAGUGCUCUUCCUUGGAUUGAGAGAGUGACAGGGUUAUCAUUCAAUUAAAUUGUUUUAUGCGCUAAUAAAAUGUACACAAUAAAACAAUCGCAAUAAACAUUCCUUUGUUUGUAAAGUAA